UAUCCGAAUAAGGAAUAAGGAAAAAAGGAGCUCUCCUCUUUCUUUGUUAUCGAUAUUAAUUCUAGAAGGGGCACUGAAUGGUUCCUGGAACACUUGUGAGCUCAACCAGCAAAAUAUAACGAGCGUUCGGGAUACUCUGCCUUUCAUAUUUGAGCGUAAAUAAAAAGUCUAGCAUGCGAGGAGCACUUGAAAAAAGAUUCAAGAAUAAUCAUGCGAGCCCUCCAAUGCCCCCUCCCCCUCCCCCUCUGUAUGUGAUCGCCUCAGGCCCUAACAAGGCCACGCUUUCCAUUAAACAUGGCUUCAAUAACGUGCCGUACAGUGCUUUUGCUAGCCACCGUAAGCUACAUACACGCAGAGUACAGAACAGUCAAGAAAUUUCUUGUACUCGGAGGAAAUGGCUUAAUGGGAAGCGAACUCGUCUCCUUACUGAAUAUUCAACCAGCUACAGAUAUCACUAUAGUGAACCGAGGGAAUUGGUACUGGGAUAGUUACCAUCGUAUAAAGCCAUUCGUCACACACGUCAAGUGCGACCGGUUUAUUAUCCACGAUUGCACCCAGUUAAAGAAAGUCGCGGAGUCCAAGUUCUUCUUUGAUGUGGUGUUCGACUUCAGCUCCUAUCAAGCAAAGCAACUAAGGGAUUUCCUCGAUCUGAUGCGCCAUCGAAUUGGUCGUUACGUCUACAUCAGCUCAGACUCUGUGUACGAGGUUUCUCAGCUCCCGCCAAACUUUAACGGCGAGCCGAGUCGAGAGGAGGACGCGGUGCGCCCCGCUAGUAGAACUCGCCAGGAGGAGCUCAGACUUGUUGACGGAUAUGGACACAACAAGCUGGAGUGCGAGGAAGUGUUAGAGGAUGAACAUGCGCUCACAAAGCUGCCUUACAUCAGCUUGAGAAUCCCGGAUGUUAUAGGGCCACGUGACAACACCGAUCGGUUCUGGUUCUAUUUCAUCUGGGUGAAGUUCCAGGAUGUGCUCAAAAGGCCGGUGAACUACCCUCCCUACCUACAAGGCCGCAAACUCAGUUUUGUCUUUUCGGAAGACGUCGCCAUCCUAAUGAACCACCUACCCUAUCUGCCUGAUAAUGUCUUUAACCAAGCAUACAAUCUGGCUUGCAAGGAAAUGGUCACUUUGGAGGAGUUUAUUAAGCUAUUGGGUGAACACGUGGGAGUGCCGGACGUUCAGUUUGACAAGGUUGAAGAAAGAGGUGCAACCUACUUUCCCUCCGUCCAGAGAGGCCCUUUAAAUAUCACGAAAGCGGAAAAGAUGCUGCCAUGGAAACCAACAGCUCUAUCGCGCGUGAUAAAGAAGACAGCAGAGUUUUACAGCUACGCGAUGUUUGCCACGGAGUUCAAGAUGCAAAGAGAUGGCACGAUCAAGGCUUUCGUACCCGAUGAAGUCAUGGACAAGUUCCAUAAGAAAUAUCAACAGAUUUACGGUCAAGAAUUGAAGAUAAAGAGAUUUCCGGAUGAGCUCUGAGUCUCUUCGAUUAACUGUUUUAGUUAUAUGCUUCAUGGAUAACUGCCAUAUAGACCUAAACCCCAUAUAAAUGACAACCUUAACCCUAACAAUAGAGUUUGUCUUAUAUCUUAUAUAAGGGGUUGUCGUUUAUGUGGCGUUCAGCCAUGAAAGUAUAUACCGUUUUAAGCACAAUCAAACACAAAACAAUACAUGGCGUUACGCGCAUGCGUGCUAAUGAGAACCAGCUGAGGUCUGUCGCGGUUGGCCGAGAGC